AUGGCUAGUCCGCCAGUUCUAGCUUUCGAUGCCGAGGGCCGUCCAGUGAAGUUCGAAACCUGGCUCGAUGACCUGCACCUGUUCCUACAGCUCACUGCCAAGGAAGAUAUCUCACUGUACGACCAUGCCCUAGGCCAUGCCACUGCCCCUGACUCGUCUGCUGACAGCACUCUGCGUUCCCAGUGGCAGACCCGUGAUGCGCACGCUCGCUUUGCUAUUCGCAACUCCCUGCCGCUAGACGAGCGCGAGCACUUCGGCCAGUGCAAGACUGCUAAGGACCUCUACACCGCUGUAGUUGCCCGCUACUCCUCACCCGCUUCUGCCACGCUAGGCCGCCUCACUCUCCCCUACCUGUUCCCCGACCUAGCCUCCUUUCACACUGUCGCAGACCUCAUCACCCACCUUAAGACUAGUGAGGCCCGCUUUCGCGCUGCUAUGCCUGCCGAGUUUCUCACUAGCAACCCCCCCCCGCUCUGGAUCACUCUCUACCACAUCGUCACCCGCCUCCCUGACUCUCUGCGCGCAGUCAGGGACCACUUCCUCUCUCGCUCCCCCACUGAGCUCACUGUUGCCCUCCUCGAGAAGGAACUGCUUGCAGCUGAGGCGAGCAUCGUCGCUGUAGGCACCUCUCGUGGCGACCCCCGCACCCCGUUCUUUGAGGGGUGUUCCCCUUCCCCCCUCCUCCCCUCUGUCGCCUCUGCUGCUGCUGUCGACCUUCUUGGUGCUGAGAAGGUCGGGACCGCGUCUGCUUCGAGCGGGCGCCGCAGGAACAAGGGGGGCAGGGGUGGGGGUGGUGGCGGAGGAGGUGGGGGUGGAGGCGGUGCGAGUGGAGGCGCGGCUGGGGAGACUAGUGGCGGCAGUGGGGGAGGAGACAGCAGCGGCGGGAGUGGUGGUGGAGGCGGCAGCGGAGGCGGAGGUGGUCGUGGCGGCGGCAGGGGUGGAGGUGGCCGGGGCGGCGGCGGUGGGGGUGGUGGUCGUGGAGGCACUGGCGGAGGGCAGAGUCAGCAGCCCGCCCCGACACUUCAGGCCGCCCGUGAGUGGUAUGCGCAGCGUAGCGUUACCUGCACGUACGUCAUUCGCACAGGUGACCGCAGCGGCCAGCAGUGUGGGAGGCCGCACCCCACGCAGCGCUGCUUCGCGCGCCUUAACGACGCGUGGCGCACUCAGUUUCCUGCUGCCACUGAGCUGCCGCGCUGGGCUGAUCUGGAAAAGAGGGGUGUUGAUAUUUGGGCUUUAGACUUUGAUGCUAUUCUCACUGCCAUGUAUGCGAUGUCUAUUAGUGGAGAGGGUGCUCAGUACUUGCGUGUUCCACCCGACCCGGGCAUUCAGGCCAGUCCGGCUGCCGCUCUAGGUGCUAGUGCGUCUGCUCCCACAGGUCCUGGUGAGGCCGCUGCCCUAGGUGCUCGUGCGUCCGUGCCCCCUGGUACUGAGUCGACUGCAGCACUGCACACCUUCACACUGGACUCAGGUGCUUCUCGCUCCUUCUUUCGUGACCGCACUGUCCUUGAGCCACUCGCUCGGCCAGUUGCUGUCUCCCUUGCUGACCCCUCUGGGGGUCCGGUCAUUGCGACCUCCUCCACUGUCCUUCCUUGUCCGGCGGUCCCGUCCGGCACGCUGUCAGGUCUCUACCUCCCCUCGUUCUCUACGAACUUGGUGGCAGGUAGUGCGCUCCAGGACGGAGGUGUUCACCAGUUCACCCCUGCCUACGAGCGCGUGACACACUGCACGUGUGCUCGGACGGGUCGCCACCUGGCUACCUUCACUCGGGAGCCGGGGUCGGACCUUUACACACUGACCACUGAGUCCCCUCAGGUAGCUGCGUCUGCGUCAGGUCAGCUGUCCGCCCCCUGCUCGUGUCGCUCUCUGGCGCAUGAGACUGUCCUUUGGCACCACCGCCUUGGUCACCCGUCUGUGCAGCGCCUUCGGGCCAUGCACAAACGGGACCUUGUUGCUGGUCUUCCCAGGGUGCUCCCUCCCCUUCCCGACUCGCCUGCUCCUCCCUGUAUUCCCUGUGUCGAGGGACGGCAGCGCGCCGCUCCUCACUCCUCCUCCUUUCCCCCGACGACUGCUCCCUUGCAGACGCUCCACAUGGACGUGUGGGGCCCAGCCCGCGUCCGUGGUCAGGGUCAGGAGAGGUACUUCCUGAUUGUUGUUGACGACUUCUCGCGCUACACCACGGUCUUCCCCUUGCGCGCCAAGGGUGACGUCCCUGAUGUCUUGAUCCCUUGGAUCCGCAGAUCUCGUCUCCAGCUCCGUGAGCGUUUCCGCUCCGACUUCCCUGUCCUGCGUCUGCACUCUGAUAGAGGUGGGGAGUUCUCCUCUGGCCUAUUGGAGGCCUUCUGUCAGCAGGAGGGCAUUGAGCAGUCGUACACGCUUCCGGCCUCUCCACAGCAGAAUGGGGUUGCUGAGCGUCGCAUUGGUCUGGUCAUGGAGGUCGCUCGUACCUCCUUGAGCCAUGCGGCUGCCCCCCAUUUUCUGUGGCCGUUUGCAGUCCGAUACGCUGCGCAUCAGCUCAACCUCUGGCCCCGUGUCUCCUUGCCCGAGACUUCUCCGACACUGCGUUGGACGGGAGAGGCUGGCGAUGCGUCGCGUUUUCGGUUCUACCACCCCACCUCGCGUCGUGUCCUGGCCUCUCAGGACGUCACUUUUGACGAGUCCGUCCCCUACUACCGCCUCUUCCCCUACCGCACUGCCCCGCUCCCCCCCCCGCCUCUCUUCCUCGCUCCAGGUGCUGAGGUACCAGACCCCCUCCCCCCUCAGGGUGCCGCUCCCUCAGGUGUGUCCCAGGUAGACCCGGGUGAGCCUGUCGAGGUAGCUGUUGACUCUCGUCCUGCUAGGGGUGCUGAGCCUGGGGGUGCUGCGUCUGGGGGUGCUGAGCCCGGGGGUGCUGCGUCUGGGGGUGCUGAGCCUGGGAGUGCUGAGUCUGGGGGUGCGGAGCCUGGGGGUGCUGAGCCAGGAGGUGCGGAGCCUGGAGGUGCGGAGCCUGGAGGUGCUGAGCCUGGGGGUGCUGAGUCUGGGGGUGCUGAGCCUGUGCGUGCUACACCUGGAGGAGCCCUCUCCUCCCAGCAGCUGCAGGAGAGGUACCUCGAGUACUGCCGCCUCCGGAGAGGUGCUGCUGGAGCUCGUCCCGGUACUUCCCCUCCUACCCAGGAGCUCCCCCCCAUUCAGCAGAUCCGCGAGUGGUACACACGGCGCUGCAGUCUUCGGAGUGGUGCUCCUGGUGCUGCGGACCCUGGGGGUGGCGCUGCUGCUGGUGCUGAGGACCCGGACGUGGGAGCUGCUACUGGUGCUGCGGACCCGCCUGGUGGAGCUGCUGCUGGAGCUGAGGACCUGGGCGGUGGCGCUGCUGCUGGUGCUGAGGACCCGGACGGUGGAGCUGCUGCUGGUGCUGAGGACCCGGACGGUGGAGCUGCUGCUGGUACUGAGGACUCGGACGGUGGAGCUGCUGCUGGAGCUGAGGACCCGAGCGGUGGCGCUGCUGCUGCUACUGAGGACCCGGGCGUUGGAGCUACUACUGGUGCUGAGGACCCGGCCGGUGGAGCUGCUGCUGGUGCUGUGGACCCGGCCGCUGGAGUCUCCUCUGCUUCUGGAGACGCUGCGCGGCCGCGACCGUACUUCGUACCGCUCCUUCAGCAGGUUCUUGGGCAGGCUCCUCCUCCUUGUCCUCCUCCCUCUGUAGAGUGUCCUCUGCCUGUCCAGCCGCAGUCACAGUUCCCGCCUACCUCGCCUCUCCCUGCUCCCUCUCCUUACACUGGUCCCACAGGAGGUCUUACAGAGCGUCGUGAGCCUGAGUCUCGUCCUGCGUCGCCUGUUCGUCCUGCUCGCACUGGUAGUCGUGUCCGUCGUGAGCGUCCUCCUCCUGUCCUAGGCACUCACUACAUGACUCUGCGUCCCUCUACUGCUCCUCAGCGUGUCCCUCUACCGUCUCCUCCUGCGUCUUCUUUGCCUCACGUUCCGGACCCUGAGUCUGACCGGUACCGUGCUGAGCACCCUACUGUCACGCGUCUCCUCGCUACUGUUGUCACUGACCCUACCUUUGAGUCCUCGACUGCGUCUGCUCUGGUCGCUGAGUUGGUUGACUUUGCUGCUGCCUGUCGUCUAGACUACGCUGCUAGCCUUGUUGCUGAGUCUGAGUCUGAGUCUGUCUGUCCUCCGUCCGUCGGGGGUGAGUGUGCUCUUAGCACGGACGUCCUUGAGGACAGACAGGAGGAGUUCCAGUGUCUUGCUGCUGCUUUGCCCCGUCUCGUGUCCUUGCUAGUUGCCCCUGAGGGAGACCCGGAUGCACCAGACAUCCCGACCCCGCGCACUUACGCUGAGGCGAUGGCGGGUCCCUACUCCUCUCAGUGGCAGACAGCCAUGGACGCCGAGAUGGCCUCCUGGAAGUCCACACGCACCUACGUCGACGAGGUUCCCCCUCCUGGGGCGAACAUCGUCAGUGGCAUGUGGAUUUUCAGGGUGAAGCGGCCGCCGGGUUCUCCGCCUGUCUUCAAGGCGCGUUACGUGGCUCGAGGCUUCAGUCAGCGAGAGGGAGUUGAUUUCUUCCAGACCUUCUCCCCCACCCCGAAGAUGACUACUCUUCGGGUGCUGCUGCACAUAGCCGCUCACCGCGACUACGAGCUUCACUCACUUGACUUCAGCACUGCUUUCUUGCAGGGCAGCCUGCACGAGGAGAUCUGGCUGCGCCGCCCACCUGGUUUCACUGGGUCGUUUCCUCCUGGUACCCAGUGGAGGCUUCAGCGGCCGGUCUACGGUCUCCGCCAGGCUCCGCGUGAGUGGCACGACACACUGAGGACUACACUUGCGGCUCUUGGGUUCGCGCCUUCUACAGCUGACCCGUCGCUGUUCCUGCGCACCGACACUUCGCUGCCGCCGUUCUACAUCCUCGUGUACGUCGACGACUUGGUCUUUGCCACUGCUGACACUGCAGGACUCGCCUACGUGAAGUCGGAGCUGCAGAGGAGACACACGUGCACAGACCUGGGUGAGCUGACAAGCUAUCUUGGCUUGCGGAUCACCCGGGACAGAGCACGGCGCACCAUCACCCUGACUCAGUCACACAUGGUGCAGCAGGUUCUCCAGCGCUUCGGCUUCACGUACUCCUCGCCUCAGUCCACUCCUCUGCCUACCGGUCACUCGCUCUCAGCUCUGCCUUCGGAUGAGUCCGUAGAGCCGAGUGGCCCGUAUCCAGAGCUUGUGGGCUGCCUCAUGUACCUGAUGACCUGCACUCGACCUGACCUUGCAUACCCUCUUAGCAUCCUUGCACGCUAUGUCGCUCCUGGCCGUCACAGGAAGGAGCACAUGGAUGCCGCUAAGAGGGUGUUGCGCUACUUGUGCAGUACGUCGGGCAUGGGGCUUGUGCUUGGAGGGCGAGACCGAGUUGUUCUCACAGGGCACUCAGACGCUUCUUGGGCAGACGACCAGGCCACUCAGCGGUCGUCUCAGGGUUACACCUUCAGCCUUGGCUCUGGCUCAGUUUCUUGGCGCUCUACACGCUCUUCUUCUGUUCUCGGCUCCAGUUGCGAGGCUGAGAUCUACGCUACAGCCAUGGCUGCCCAGGAGCUACGCUGGCUGACCUACCUGCUGACCGACCUCGGAGAGCCGCCUCGUUCUCCUCCAGUCCUGUACGUCGACAACAAGGCUGCCAUUGCCUUGUGUGAGGAGCACAGACUGGAGCACAGAACGAAGCACAUCGCCCUGCGGUACUUCCUUGCUCGUGAGCUGCAGCAGCGCGGUCAGCUUUGUAUUCGCUACGUGGCCACUGAGGCCAACACUGCUGAUGUGUUCACCAAGGCGCUUCAGCCUCGUGACCAUCAGCGCCUCUGCACUCUACUAGGCCUUGUGCCUACUGGACCUCACUUACUUACCUCUUGA